CACUUACGCGUUCUGCCAUUCCUUCUGCUUGUUUCGUUAGCUCUCGUUCGCCCCUUUCUGAUAUCCUUCCUUCCUUUCUUCCUUCCUAACCCUCCUUCCUCAAUCGAUCUCUCCUUCCCGUGGAUCGACUUCGAUCCGUUCACAGAAAAAAAGAGAGAUGGGUGGAGGCAAUGGCCAGAAGUCGAAGACGGCGCGGGAGAGGAACCUGGAGAAGAACAAACCGACCAAGGGGAGUCAACUGGAAUCGAACAAAAAAGCUAUGAACAUUCAGUGCAAGGUAUGCAUGCAAACUUUUAUAUGUACUACUUCAGAGGUCAAAUGUCGAGAACAUGCUGAAGCAAAGCAUCCCAAGAAUGAUGUCUAUCAAUGCUUCCCCCAUCUUAAGAACUAGUUCCAGCCUAAAGAGAGCAUAUCCAUCGAAUCAGAUGUGUGUAAACUGUUGAUGUAUGGUAAUACAGGGUGUGCAGACUUAAUUCGGUCUGCUUCUAUGUUUGUCAUCUUUAUCUCGAACUCAUGCCUCUGGAGUGUUGAACAUGCUUCUGGGACUAAUGUCAUGAUUGUACCCUAAGCUAUGUUCUUGUGAUAGAUGACGUCGGAAUGAUUUAAGUUCUAUGUUUCUUUUCCUAUUAUGAUUUAAAGUUAUCUGUUGAACUUGUGCUUA